CGCAUGCGCUCCUUCCCACGUGCGAAAGCCCGAGACUCGUGGAGUCGGGGGCGCCGCAGACUGCCGGGGCCGCGCGACUAGGACGCAGGCAUGAAGCCGGGCUUCAGCCCCCGUGGUGGUGGCUUUGGUGGCAGAGGAGGCUUUGGUGACAGAGGCGGUAGAGGAGGAGGUCGAGGAGGCCGAGGUGGCUUUGGCGGUGGACGGGGAGGUUUUGGUGGAGGCCGAGGUCGAGGCGGAGGUGGUGGCUUCAGAGGCCGAGGAGGCGGAGGAGGAGGCGGACGAGGUGGAGGCUUCCAGUCUGGGGGCAACCGGGGUCGAGGUGGUGGCCGGGGAGGCAAAAGAGGAAACCAGUCAGGGAAGAAUGUGAUGGUGGAACCACACCGGCAUGAAGGCGUCUUUAUCUGUCGUGGAAAGGAGGAUGCUCUUGUCACAAAGAAUCUGGUCCCUGGAGAGUCUGUGUAUGGAGAGAAGAGAGUCUCUAUUUCAGAGGGAGAUGACAAGAUUGAAUACCGAGCCUGGAACCCCUUCCGCUCCAAGCUGGCAGCAGCAAUCCUGGGCGGUGUAGACCAGAUCCACAUCAAGCCUGGGGCCAAGGUGCUGUACCUUGGCGCAGCCUCGGGCACCACCGUCUCCCACGUGUCUGAUAUUGUCGGCCCGGAUGGUCUAGUCUAUGCAGUUGAGUUCUCCCACCGCUCUGGCCGUGACCUCAUCAACUUGGCCAAGAAGAGGACCAACAUCAUCCCCGUGAUCGAAGAUGCCCGGCACCCACACAAGUACCGCAUGCUUAUCGCAAUGGUGGAUGUGAUCUUCGCUGAUGUGGCCCAGCCAGAUCAAACCCGGAUUGUAGCCUUGAAUGCCCACACCUUCCUACGGAAUGGAGGACACUUUGUGAUUUCCAUUAAGGCCAACUGCAUCGACUCCACGGCCUCAGCAGAAGCUGUGUUUGCGUCUGAAGUGAAGAAGAUGCAGCAGGAGAACAUGAAGCCGCAGGAGCAGCUGACACUGGAGCCCUACGAACGGGACCACGCUGUGGUUGUGGGCGUGUAUAGGCCGCCUCCCAAGGCGAAGAACUGAAACUCUGAGCUGUCUGGAGCAGGAAGAACUGUGUUGUUACUGUUGCACGUGUGCUUUUGUUUUUUGUUUUUUUGUUUUUCUAUUAAAAGACUCCUCUGUCUCCCCUG